AUGUUCUACUCCUACGAAGUUCUCACCUCGCGCAAAUAUGACGUGGCUUCGUCUGGAUCUUCCAGAUUCGCCUCACCUUCACUCACCGCGGUCCCACCCACCUCUAGGCUGGUGGCGAUUCUGAGCGCCACAUCCGGCCUGAAGAAGGUCUUACAGAAGCCGUUCCCGACGUGGACGUGGCAAAAGCAUGCCUCUCUAGCAGGAACAGAGUCUCCAGAAGCGCAAGAAAGUCUUAAUCCCUCGCCUCAUCCACAUCUGCCUUGGCCGGCACUAGUGCAUCCCGAUCGGCUGGUCGCAGGUGUUGUCAUACCAGCGCUCGAAGUAGCUACACUAGCAACGUCUGCUGAUAGUGCCAAUUUGAGGAGUAUACGAUUCAGGGACAUCGACUUCCUGCACUGUGGAAACGACGUGUCGAUCGCGGUCUGGCAAGCGGAGCUGCUAUCCUGCCGGUUGGUACCAGUUCGCAAAGUCCAGCCAGGAGCAGCAAACCGACCGGCCGGAAAGCCUUAG